GCGUCACCUUGAAGGGGCAUCCAACUGAGGGGAGCCAACAUGGCGUUUCACGAGUACAAAGGCAUUCUAUUCUCUGCCGAAAUAUCGGAGGACACCUUGGACGCAAUACCUGACUACCCAGUCCGUGAUGACGACAUUUUCAUCCUGACGUACCCAAAAUCAGGUACAAACUGGAUGAUGGAAACAGUGAGGAAGGUCAUGACAGCUGCUGGAAAGAUGACUACUCCUGACGAACACAGCACACAGUGUUUUGAGCUAUACGCACCGUGGAUUGACAAAAAACCACGCCAUGUGCUUGCAAUGGAUUCACCAUCUCCACGCAUAAUCCACACACAUCUACCACGGCAACUGGCACCCAAAAUGGUCGCCAAUCCAAAGGGAGAGAUUAAAGUGAUUGUAGUGAUGCGGAACCCGAAAGACGCGGUGGUGUCCUUUUACCACUAUCUAAAAAACAUGGAAAAGGAGUUCGGCAGUGUUGGUCUGAAAAGUCUGGAAUCUUGGGACGUAUUUGCAGCCGACUUUCUGGAAGGGAAAUGUCUGUAUGGUGACUUCUACGACCACGCCCUAGGUUGGUGGCAGAUGAAGGAUGACAGCCAUUUCCUCUUCCUCACGUAUGAAGAUAUGAAGAAGGACCUGCGUAGUGUGGUUAGUGAUAUCGCAGCCUUCUUGGAAACUAGCUUAGACCAAGCCACCGUGGACAGCAUUGCUGAGUCGUGCACCUUCAACACUCUGAAGGAAGCUUGGGGCAGUUCAGACGAUGGUAUGAAAAGGCACAUCUGUCGUAAAGGUGUCGUUGGUGAUUGGAAAACCAUGUUCACGCCGGAGCAAAACAAAGCCUAUGAUGCCAAGCACAAGCUGAGGCUGGAGGGGACUGGUCUGGAGUUUGAUUUUGAGUAG